UCCGGAUCGAAGCGGCGCGGCCACUCACUUGUUGGCAAAGAAAAGUCGCAAGCGCACUCUCAGAUCGUAGUGAUGAUCGCCGACAUCAAGGGCUACCACGGCGUCAUGUCCGUAGCGUGUCUCAAGCAGUGGCACACCCUCGGGGCUACGACGCUGGCGGCGACCAACACCAACAACGAAAACGUCACGGACAAGCACCAGUGGGUCGCGGUGGUCGAUGGCCCGAUCGAGAUCUACGCGCCGCUCAGCCAUGUGGCCCGUCUCGUGACCGUCGUGCAAAGAGCGUAUUUUUGUGCAGUAUUUGCCAACAAGGCUCUGCUCGCCAGCCUUCGCGACGCCAACGCGCCGCCGCUGCCCGUGCACCAGUUGCACAUUCUCGAGAAGAACGCGCAGUGCCGUAUGUCCAUCGAAGGGGUCAUGCACUGCUUAGGCAACGCUGGGAUCGAGAGCGCAUUCGUGACGUGCGCCGGCAACCGCUCGCCCAUCGCAGGCACCGGUUCGCUGUUCCACCGCCACUGCGCCUGGGAGCGCGCUCGGCCGUCACCGGUCAAUGACCACCCCUUCAGCAUCGACCUUGGCACCAACGUCGUGGACCAUCUGGAGACGCUCGGCAUCGAGCUCUCCGAUGCCUCCUACUACUUGAUUGGUCUUGACCCGACCAAGCAAAGCCUCUACGUGGACCAGGACACGGAGCUCCGGACCAUCCUGCAGACCAUGGGGGGCGACAGACCGCUCGGGUACAUUGUCCGCACGUUCGAGACGCCCAAGGCGCUUGGCUACAAGGAUACGAGCGGCGCGUCGCAGACGGUGCUUGUCACCAAGAUGAAGAUCUUUCCCGAUAUCCUGGACAUGCUUGAGGGGCAGAACUACCAUCGUGCGCAAACAGUCUCGAGAACGACCACGUACCGCCAACUCCAGCGCAUGCGCCAGGACGGAAUCGACUACAUCGACGAGGUCUCGGCCAACGACUUCGCGCUGCUGCGCCACAUGGCAGGGGCUCGCGUCGAGUUUACGGUCCAAGUCGAGCCGGCGUCCUACGACAACGACGCGCUCCCGACCAUCGUCAACGUCUGCAUGACCGAGCUCGUCCAGCCGUUCUUCAAGGACUGCUUCAAGGCUGUGUCUCUGCGCGACUACAAGGAGAAUCUCAUGGCGUGGGUGCGCUUCCUCAAGCCCUCUGGCACGGCGCAGCACGGUAAUCGACCGACCGAAGAGCUCCUCACGCGCUUCGCCGCCUUCCUCAACGCCCACGGCUACUAUGUAAGUGAGAACGCGUCGCUCUACGAUGCGUACGCGGCGAGCGCCCAAAACCCCAGCACCAACGACGAAGGUUAAGACGCAAUCGUGGCAUCCCGCGCUAGCAAUUUCAAUUCGAUAAUACCUCCUAAUACCAACCAAGCCUGUCCGUA